UUGGAUCGUCUCCCUCGCCCUGAGUCUCUGUAGAAGAUACGAGACGAGCUGAAUGAGACGUUUAACUCAAUCUCACUGUAGUAAUGGCUCAUAGCUGGCUUUAAUGUUAAUUACAGGGAUGCGCGUGUUAUAGUAACUGACCGGACGUGUUUAGAAAGUGUGUCAAAGUUGCUUUAGAGCUAAGGACCCAGAGCUUCAUAAGAGCCCGAGGUCACCAGGUCAUCUGAAAUCAACCACACCAUUAAUAUAUCUAAAAUGGACAGUGAGGAUGAUCUGGACAUUCUGACGGCGCUGCUGGCCGAGAGCGAGGAUGUCGGCGAAGAUCAGGGCGAUCAGGGGCAGGCAGACGACUUAGACGGCCUGUUUGAUGAUGACAACAAUGAGGAGGAGGAGUACAAAGAUGGCAUAGAGGAGGAAGAGCAGAAUGCAGGAACAGAGGAUGCAGUGUCAGAUCUCUUUGGAGAUGUGGAUGACAUUGAAAAUGAGGAGAAAGACACUAAAGCAAAGUCAAACGGAGCAGAAGCCAAGUCCAAGGAAGAUUUACAAGAGGAGCUGAGAAAGAUGCAGGAGCAGAUGCAGAGGUUGCAGCAGCAGCUGGAGGUGAGUCAGAAGGUUUCCACCCCAACAUCCACUCCAGUCAGGACAGGAGGGAGCUCAACUGCUCCCAAACGCAUGACCCCGAAACCAACACCUCCCCGACAGAUCACCACCAAAGUGGCUACGGCUAAACCGGCAGCUGCCACACAGAAGACACAAGCAGCAACGUGUUCAUCCACUCCAGUCAGAGAAGGAAACGUGAAGCUUCAGGAGUCUUCUGACUUUUCUGACCAGCUGAAAAACGCUGACUCCUUCAAACGCAAACCCAGGGUCGCCCACUUAGCCAAACCCAGCACAUCACCAGAGGAUAGGGGGCCACUCGUGGAGAUAAAGCUCGGCAGCUCCUUCAAGCCUGUAGAAAGCACCAGCAAUGUUUCCAAACCCCGACGUUCACCUCCAGCCUCCCUCACCAAACCUUCACCAGCUGCAUCAGCGGCACCCAAACCUUCUUCUCUCCCUGCUCCUCCUAAAGAUGUGGCUGUUGAAAAAUACUCAGGACUGCGGCUCAGAAAACCUCGGGUUUCCUCCAUUGAUAUGGACCGCAAGAUGGGUGACCGCCGUCUGAUCCUUCUGUCGCAGGUUCCAGACUGUUUGGCUCGGGAGAAGCUGGAGGACAGUGACUGGGUGACGUUUGCAGUAUUGGUCAACAAGGCCACACCACAAAGCAGCGGCAGUGGCAAAACCUUCAGCGUCUGGAAGCUGAACGACCUCCACAACCUGGAAGUGUAUGUGUCUCUGUUGCUGUUUGGCGAAGUUCACAAAGAGCUCUGGAAGACGGAGCAGGGCACCGUUAUCGGGCUCCUCAACCCAAACUCCAUGAAGCAGAAGGACGGAUAUGAUGGGGUCAGCCUGACGGUGGAUCACCCACAGAAGGUGCUGCUGAUGGGUGAAGCUCAAGACUUCGGCACCUGCAAGGCCAUGAAGAAGAACGGAGACCCCUGCUCUCAGAUUGUCAACAUGUACGAGUGCCAGUUCUGCCAGUAUCACGUCAAGGCCCAGUAUAAGAAGAUGAGCUCGAAGAGGGCUGAGCUGCAGUCGGCAUUCUCUGGAAAAGCUCCCAACAAGUUCAAAGGGAAGGGCGGCAGCCUGAAGGAUCGGCUGUGUCAGGACGGCUUCCACUAUGGUGGCGUUUCCUCGGCCGCCUGUGCUUCGUCACUAACCGCCUCCAAACCCGUUCAGAAAACUCUGGACAAGCUGUUUGUGAAAGGCUCGGCUCAGCUCGUGGCUAAGGCCAAGAGGCUCGGUGUGCAGUCUGGUGAAGUUUCAGGUUGUACAAAUGAAUUCAAGAGUCUGUUGUCGAUGCCAACACCAGGAGCUCUGCAGCUGAAGAAGCACUUAGUCCAGGGCAGCCAAUCAGUCUCCAAAGAUGAGACUGGUGCUCCAGUUCAGUCCAUCACAGCCUCUGACCUGCUGAAGCAGCAGAAACAGAAGCAGCGGGAGCUUCUGGAGAACCGCCGACGAAGAGCAGAUGAUAUCCAGAAAAGGGUGGUGCAGAACUCUACAGGGGUCAAACCCGGAUUGUCGUCAUCCUUACGGGGCCAAGAUGGUCUGAUGUCCCCGAAAGCAGCUUCUGAGGUCCCCAGAUCCACCCAAAGCCCCGCAGCGCCCCAUACGCCCACCCUGGGCAGAGGCUUCUCUGAGGGGGAAGACAUCCUCUUUUUUGAGAACGGCCCCCCUCCAGCCCCUGCUGCCAGCGCUCUGAGCCUAUCAGCCGCCAAGCUGGCUGCUCUGAAGAGACUGAAAGGAAAAGGGACGAAGCUUGCAAAGGAAGACCCCAACUCUGUGAAGAGGAAGAGGAGUAAUGACGGUGAAAUCAACGCCCGGGUGGAGAAGAAUCUGACCUCACCCACAGGUGAAUCGUCAAACAAUGAGGAAGAGGAGCCAGCCCAGAAGAAGAAGAGAGAGCAGCUCCGCUACCUUCAGUCAGAGGAGUUCCAGAAGAUCCUCAACGCCAAAUCUCGUCACGGGGCGGUGCUACAAGCGGCGGAGUACCAGCUGCAGGAGCGCUACUUUGAUGUUCUGGUGAAGAAAGAGCAGAUGGAGGAGAAGAUGAGGGGCAUCAGAGAGAUGAAGUGUCGGGCUGUCAGCUGUAAAAAGUGUGGUUACACCUACUUUAAGCCGGCGGAUCGCUGCGUGGAGGAGAAUCACGCCCUGCGGUGGCACGAUGCACUUAAACGUUUCUUCAAAUGUCCGUGUGGACAGAGAGCCAUCGCUCUGGACAGACUGCCGCACAAACACUGCGGUAACUGUGGUCUAUUUAAAUGGGAGCGUGAUGGGAUGCUGAAGGAGAAAAUAGGACCAAAAAUCGCCGGGGAGCUUCUCCAGCCUCGAGGAGAUGAGCAUGGAAAGUUCCUCAACAGCAUGAAGUGACUUCAUCUUCAUCCCUGCUGCAAACUGGUUGUCAAGGGAACAGUGUGUACUUAUACUUUGUUUGUUUGUCGUGUGUCUUUCUAAAUGUCUGUAAAUUUUGUUUUUAAACAUGUUGAUUAUGGAGAUUUAAAUGUCUGAUUACAUUGGCUGGAAAGAAUCUUAUUAAAGUAAGAAUUUGCAUAAGA